AUGGCAGAGAGUUCCCUCCAAGAUCGAUUGCGGGAGCACGCCGAAGCUUUCGACGGUCUCUUGUCUCUCAUACCCGCGAAACACUACUAUGGAAAAGAUAAUAGUGAUCAAUGGAAGAAGAAGAAGCAAACCAAAGAAGAAGCUGCCGCCGCGAAACGAGCGAAACUCGAUCCUGAUUCCGAAUCCUCAAAAACAGCAAAGGAUGUCAUGGAUGAACGAGAGCGAGCAAGGAAGAGAAAGCUGGAAGAGAUGGACGAGUCGGACAUCGAGGGCGUGGAAAAGGAAAAGCCCAUGCAGGGCUUGAAGCAGCCACAAGACAAGAAGGCCAAGAAGCAGAAGGUGGCGAAUAAUGCAGAUGCGUCUAAACCUUCAAAAGACAAGCCGGAGUCCGCUGAGAAAGCAAAGUUAAAUUCUGGUGAUAAACGGCGGCUUAAGCAGGAGCGGAAGAAGGAGAAGAAACAGAAAGAAGAGCAGAAGAAAGAUAGGAGCAAGAAAGCAGCUCCUCCAGCGAUUGAAUCGACAGACGCGCCAACCGAAGAGACAGUUGUAAAUGGUGAGAAAGAUAGCGAAGAAGCUGCUGAGGUGGAUGAGGAGGAUCUUCCUGGGGGCGAAAUAGGUCACUUUGAGGCCGAGGGACUGGAAGAAGAGAAGGCCGACACACCAAACUCUACACCUCCAAGUCCAAACCCCCUUUCACCAACCUUCGACCACCCAACAGAUCCAAGCGCCAGUACCUCCACAUCCUCCGUCAUCCCACCCGCAACUGCGCCAAAACACAUCAAACUCCCCACAGACCCAGAACUCCUACGAUCGAGAUUAGCAGCCCGAAUAGAAGCCCUCCGAGCAGCACGCAAAGCCGACGGACCCGAUGGAGCCCCUGCGAGAAAUCGCCAAGAGCUCAUGGAAGCACGGAGGAAAAAGGAAGAACAGCGACGAGCGCAUAAAAAGGAGCUGCGCUUGAUAGCCAAAGCAGAAGAAGACGCCCGCCGCGAAGUAGCUCUAGCGUCAGCCCGAGACUCCCCAGCAUCGAGCAUGAUGUCCCCCUCCAUCCACUCCCCGCCCCACAGUUUCUCCUUCGGCCGCGUAGCCUUUGCAGAUGGCCAGCAGCUCGCCGAAGACCUCUCUACACUCCAAAGCGCGCCUAAGAAAAAGGGACCACAAGACGUGAAUACCGCGCUGUUAGCUAACGAGAAGAAGCGCCUGCGAUUAGCUGGCCUCGAUGACGAGAAGCGCGCUGAUAUCGAAGAGAAAGACCUCUGGCUGAACGCCAAGAAGCGCGCACACGGCGAGCGAGUCCGGGACGACAAUUCCCUGUUGAAGAAAACGCUGAAGCGGAAAGAGAAAGCUAAGAAGAAGAGCGAGGGUGAGUGGAAGGAACGGAAAGAAGGAGUUGCCAAGAGUCAGGCGAUGAAGCAGAAGAAGAGAGAGGAGAAUCUUAAGAAAAGGCGAGAUGAGAAGGGGGGUAAGGGCAAGGGCAAGGGGAAGUCUUCGUCUUCAGGGAAGAAGAGUAAGCCGAAGAGUAGACCGGGGUUUGAGGGCACUUUUGGAGGGAAGAAGAAGUGA